UGUGACAAAUCCCCCAUCAAACGACCCGGCCCUACGAUUCCGAACCCUACCCUUCGCGAUGGCUCUGCAAUUAUAGCAAUACGGUCCUUAGGGACACCUCCUUGCACUCAGGUUGCAACCUUCAGGUCUGCAGCCUUCAACGCCGUCCCUCCCGGGCAUAUACCACACCUACUGUCGUCAAACGGAUCAACCAGCUGAAGAACCUGAGCCCGCCGCAUCCCAAGGCCGGCGCUACAACCCCGCCGACUGUUCGACGUGUCCCUCAGCCAGCGUACCGGCGAGUCGGCCGAACGGUUCUUCAUCAAGAUGGAUCACCACCUCUCUCAUGACCGCGCCACGUCAAACGUGCUGGCGUGGAAUAUCACACACUCCGCCAACGUGGAACCCUCGGUAGAGGAGGAAGCUGGCGCGGACGCCGACGAGCCGCCGGAUUGUCUAACGCCCAUGACGUCCAUCUCGACGCAAUUCCACCGCACACCUAUCCGUCGAGGCAGUGAACAACAUGAAUCCCUCCUGACCAAGGCACUGCAGAGUCAAUCGGAUGAGGACGCCUAUGAGUCCGAAUCGCUGCGUCGACCCCGCCGGCGACGGUCCCUCACAAGCAACACCAGUCUCGCCUCGACUGUGGAUCUCACCUGCGGCACAGCUAUCACGACUCCGGCUCGCACAAACUCGCCGAGUCCGCGAAUGCCCGUUGUCGGGUUCGCUCCGCUCGCUGCUGCUACCACAACGGACGCAUCGCAGAAUAAGACCUCAGAUGCUGCUGCACCGGUGAAGAAGCGAUGCAUCUCAUUCGCCUGUGCGGCAAAGCCGAGGCCCGAUGAGAAAACGCCGACUCGAAACGUGGCCCAGACCGAUGCCGCACCGAAGAAGACGAGCAUAAAAUUCGCCUGCCCGUCGCAAAUCGUGAGGGCUACAAACGUGCAGCAACCGGAUUCUCGACCACGGACACCGGUGCCGCGAGAGACACCCAGUACGCCCACGGGCUCAUGCCAGGAGAACUUGCGGUCUUCGUCGACCGUCCGACCUUUGCGAUCGCCGACGCCUCGCAAGACACCCGGCAGCCCCGUCUCAACCCGGAACAAAAAGUGGCUCACCGCAGACUCUGGAGACCUGCAGAGCGAGUGCGCAAGGUUCCAUGAAUUUGCUAGCGAUGAGCCACAAGAAGACGACUGGAUACGGCGCGACCAUUCUUCCAUGCAGCCUAAGCUUACUAUCGACGAUACUCUGAAGAUGGAGAAUGCCAUUCGGAAGCUGGGCAAGGAAGCGGAGGAGGAAGCAGAACUUGAGGAAGAACUUGAUGAGGAAGAGGACGAAGAAGUCGAUGAAGCGGACCUCAUCGAUGAUGAUGAUGAGGAGGAUGAUGAUGAUGAUGACGAGGACGAUCUCCAAGACGAGGACGAUGAUGAAGACGGGGACGACGAGGAUGACCAGGGCCUGGAUGACGUUGCUGAUACCGAGGACGCCUUGGCAUCCGGAGCUUCUGACGGGUACAAAACGGACAAUGAGACGGGUUUUGCCGCUUCCGACGACGAGGAUGACGACCUGGUGCUGUGGACCACCCGCAUUGGCCAUUACCAGUCUCUAUCGGGAACUCUCUCGAUGACCAGGCGGUUGUCUCAUAGCGAGAAGUCCGACUCCUCUGCGUCGUCGGGACGGAAGUCUCCCCAGUCACGCAAGAAGAAGCGCUCCAAGACCCGGCCUGUUCCUUUCAGGUCAGAAACCCCAGAGCUGCCUGACAGCACUGACUUCGUCUGUGGCACUCUGGAUGAGGACAAGCCGCUUGAAGAGGCAUACAUUUCGUGUGUUGCGGCGCGGAGGCGAGAUCGGCAUCAGCCAAUUCCUCAGGACAUUGAUCCAAGUUUCCCGACUUCAGAACCCGAGGACGAGGUGGAAGAAUUGUACAAGAAAGGGUACGGCGAGAGCGAUGAUCAUAUUUGGCUGCAUGGCGAGCUUGAAGACCUCGACCACGAUCGGGACCGGAGGGGCCGCAAGAAGAAGGGAGGCGUCCCGUCCCCGAAGAGAUGUCGAUCGCCUCCGCCAAAGCGACGGCCGUCUCCGGCGCCCAAGGCACGCGGUCGGUCUCCCCGGAAGCUCACCGACCAGCGGUCUCCCCGGUUGCGGUCUCCGGCUCCGUCACGUGGCGCGUUCAAGUCCCCCAUCAUGUCCCCGCUCCACGAGGCCGAGGGCGUUGAGUUCAAAUCUCCGGCUUUCCGGCCUGGUUUGACACAUACAAAGUCGCUGCCAAGGGCUCCUGGCAUGUUCCCGCAUCUCAAGACACGCAAGUCAAGGACUGGCAACAGCACGCGGGAGACGCACGUUCGCGGCGCCAUCGACAUCGUCAAGGGCCUUGAGCAGAAGCGACAGCGGCGCAGGGAGAAGUACUACCAAAAGUACUGCAACCGGGCGAGGAAGGAAAAGACGCAGACGAAGCGACCGCCUCCGGGGGAGGGGGCUUCGCGCAUGAGGGAGCUAGGUCUAAUCAUGGCUGGCAAGGCUGCGCACGGCAACUAUGUUCUUUCCAUCUGAGACGGGGGGGCGGCUACUCUGAUCAGCAUUUGACUGCGGGCAAUACCCGGGACAUGAGUUUAUGAGUUUGAGUUUUAUUUUUUUUGGGGGGGGAGGGCUAAAA